GCAAAUUGCCAUGAACUUCCGGUGUAAGAUAAAGACACACGCGGAUCUAUCGAGAAAAGAACGCGAAUAAUUAUAAAAAUAUCUAGAAAGAAAAGACUUAUUUAUUAAUUUUACAUUGCCUCCUUUUUAAAAAUGUCCAAUAACGGUGCUUCGGACUCUUGGGAAAGUCAAGCUGAUGUUAAUGGUGAACAAGGUGCAAAAGAUGAUGUGUCUACAAAAUUUUCCACGUUGAAUGUAAAUGCCGUGGAAUUCGUGCCUUCUUUUUGUAAGCCUUCCCAAGAUAAUGACAAUAGCGAUACACCUAAUUCGCCACAAAAAUCUGAAAGUAGAUCUACAAAUUCCACUGAAAGUCCUGUCUUAAACGGAUGUGGUGAUGGAGCCGAAAGUGGUGACGGUAGAGCGGCAUCCGCAUCACCCCGUGUUGAAGAACCACCUCCCGUACCGCCAGCCGUCGCUCCUGCAGAUGCUUCUACCGACGAUCCUGCAGAUGAUCAAGCCGGUACUCAAGCCCUUGCUGCUGCCGACAUCGCGCCUCUGCCCGUCCCACCUGACGUAUCUCCUACGGCUGACAGCUGGGAAGCUGAAGCUGAUGAUCCACUACUCACACCUGAAGAUAAUAAUGACGAAGAAGAAUCAGAGCAACAGGAGGAUGAAGAAACUGCAAAGAAAAUUCCAAAAAAGAAGCCCAUUCGAGUUGAGGAUACGCGUAGCAAGAAAGAACAUGUCAAUGUAGUAUUUAUUGGACAUGUAGAUGCUGGAAAAUCAACUAUUGGUGGUCAAAUAAUGUCAUUAACGGGCAUGGUGGAUAAAAGAACAUUGGACAAAUAUGAAAGAGAAGCAAGAGAGAAAUCAAGAGAGUCAUGGUAUUUAUCCUGGGCUCUUGAUACUAAUCAAGAAGAACGAGACAAAGGAAAGACUGUAGAAGUUGGUAGAGCAUAUUUUGAGACUGAAAAAAAGCAUUUUACAAUUCUCGAUGCGCCUGGACACAAGAGUUUUGUGCCCAAUAUGAUUGGAGGUGCGGCGCAGGCUGAUCUUGCUGUGCUGGUAAUAUCUGCGAGAAAAGGUGAAUUUGAAACUGGAUUCGAUCGAGGGGGACAAACACGAGAGCAUGCUAUGUUGGCUAAGACUGCCGGUGUUAAACAUUUAGUUGCCCUUGUUAAUAAAAUGGAUGAUCCAACUGUUAACUGGGAUGAAAAAAGAUACAAUGAAUGUCGAGACAAAAUCCUGCCAUAUCUUAAAAAACUUGGUUUCAAUCCAGCUAAGGAUUUGUCAUUCCUACCCGUGUCUGGCCAAACAGGUCAAGGAUUGUUGGAGAAAGUAUCAGAAGAAAUCUGUACAUGGUACCAGGGACCAUCAUUUAUUCAACUUAUUGAUGAUUUACCAUCUCUUAAUCGCAAGAUGGAUGGGCCAUUUAUUAUGCCUGUUGUUGACAAAUACAAGGAUAUGGGUACAGUGCUCAUGGGCAAAGUUGAAGCUGGAACCACUCGCAAAGGCAGUACCUUGUUCCUUAUGCCUAAUAGGGUUCAAGUAACAGUUGAUCAGUUAUGGUCGGAUGAUAUUGAAGUAACUUCUAUUGGUCCUGGUGAAAAUGUAAAAGUGAAACUCAAAGGCAUUGAAGAAGAAGAUGUUUCCCCUGGCUUUGUUCUUUGUGAUAUCACAGAACCUAUCACUACUGGGAAAGUUUUUGAUGCCCAAGUAGUCAUUUUGGAGCACAAAUCUAUAAUUUGUGCAGGAUACUCUGCUGUUAUGCACAUACAUUGUGCAGCUGAAGAAGUAACUGUUAAGGCACUUAUCUGCUUGGUAGACAAGAAGACUGGAGAAAAAUCUAAAACACGGCCGCGAUUCGUGAAGCAGGACCAAGUGGCUAUCAUGAGGAUAGAUUGCGCGGGAAUCAUUUGCUUAGAACCAUUUAAGAAAUUUGCUCAAAUGGGCAGAUUCACAUUAAGAGAUGAAAAUAAAACUAUCGCAAUCGGUAAAGUCCUAAAAGUGAUUGAGUAAAUACGGCACUACGAUUCGUAAUUUAGUUAGGAUAGGCCUUUCUAAAACCUGUAUCAUCAGAGAAUGCAUGUAUUAUGUAAUUCUGACUUGUGGGAUCUAUGUGAGAGCUAGAAUGUAUUGCUUUAUCAUCGGUGUUUUGAAUUAUAGAAAAGCUAGUCCUUGCGGAACAUUAUUUACUGUUUCACAGCCACUGCCAUUGAGCAAAAAAAAACCAUUUGUAUGGCAUAACAAUCGCAAUAAUGAUGUUAAAUGCUCUUUAUUUUAAUUUGAAAUGUUAAUGAAACACAUGGGAACUUUCGCUAGCAACGUUGAAUAGAUUUCACUUAACAUUUUGUGAGUCUAGGACCUAGGUAGUGCCUAAACAAUUUUUUAGUUCAGAGCUCAAAAUUGUUCUUAUAUAAUUAUAUACACAAUAAAUAUUGUGAUUGGUUACAGUUAAUUUUGUGUAAACUUUGUAAUUAGUUAUGUUUCAAUUAACGGAGAAACAAUAUUUAAUAUUAUUUAUGUUUAAUUUUAUGUCUAUUUUUAAUUUAAAUUCUUUAAAAUAUGUAUAUUUUAAUACGACUGAUGAUUAUUUUAAAACAAGGCCCUACAACAAAUUGAGCGUUGCUAUCGCUAAGACAAAAUUUAGUACAAUUUUUAAUUAAUUUGGUUUAUAUUUAUUGUCUAAACUAGUGAUGGACGACGUCGUAUAAUUCAAUUAUUUUUUUAUAUUGUGGCGAACGGUUUCACAACGUCCGUGUUUAUUUUGGAUAACACAUAACUGAAAAUUAAUUAUCUUUCUGAUAAAAGUGCAGUCAAUAAUUUAUAUGAUUAAAUUUUUUUAAUUAAGUUCAUUUUUAAAUAUGGAAUAAUAUGAUAUACAAAUAGUGAAACAUUUAGUUGUCGUUAAUAUAAAUCGACUACUAAAUGAUAGUCACAUUGAUUGGCAAUCGUGCAUCACUAGUAUUUAUGUAUUCUAUGUGCUCAUAUUUAAUGUCCCAACCACAUUCAAAAAGUUAUUCUCAUUCUGAAAUGUUAUUUAUCAAUAAUUUAAAUUUGCUUUGAUAGUAAAUCCGAGCCAUAAUUUUCAUUUCAAAUAUGGGUUUAACACCAUCAUAGUAAAUAAUAUCUUGUCGAUUUUAAUUCAAAAACGAUACAUAAAAUAUUUAUAACAUCACAACACGACUUAGGAUAAUUAACUGCAUUAACAUAUAUAUGUUGUACUUCUGUUUGAUGAGCACAAGCUAGACCUAAAGACCUUUUUCUAUACUAACAGUCAUCCAUUUUAAUUUAAAAAUGUAAAGAUUAGUGAAAAAUUUGAUAUAUGAAAUAAAAUAAGCACCAAGAAGUAUUUUAAAUACCAGAUUGUUCAUAUGGUGGAUGAAGCUCUCAUGUAAUCGUCGGGGUGAUCAUGGCAUAGUGUAUUUACUUUGAAUAAAUCAAGUAUUAUGAAAUAAUAUAUUUUCUCGUUCUAACAAUCUUGCUACAUGAGCUGCGCUCAACUAAAACAUUCUGCAAUGAUCAUCCUGACUAUCAUCUCUGAUACUUAUAUUUUCACAUAUUAUGAAUUAUUAGUAAUGAAUAUGUUACUGAUACCUAUUGUAAAGCUAGAUUAUGUUUAUUUUAAAUAAUUUGCUAUACUUUAUAAAUAUUAA